GAUCAUAAAUCUUUCAAAAAGAAAAUCUUAUGGCUGAUCGAAAAUCAUUUUUAAAAGGUUGCACAAGAGAACCUCUAUCGCCCAUAUCAAAUGAAACAGCAUCUUCUCGAACUCCUUGUCGUAGAUUAAAAGACCCUAAAUAUGAUACACCUUCACGAUCACCUGGUUAUAGAAGAAAAUGCACUAAUAAUGAAGGAACUGGUUAUGAUCGGUUUAUUUCAAAUCGAGCUUUGAUGGACCCUCAAAUUGGGCACCACAUGUUUAUGAAAAAUGAUAAUGAAAAUGAUUCUGAAAAUAAUGAAUUAUCAGAAAUGAUGAAGCAAAGUUUAGGAACAGCUGACAACAACGGGACUCGAAUUCUUCAGAUGAAAAUAAAACCACCAGUGUGCAAAGAAGGUGAGAUCCAUAUGAAGACCUUGUACACAAAAAGUAAACCUACACCAGCAAAGUCCAAAUCUACUAGACACAUUCCUGCAACUUCAGACAAAAUUCUUGAUGCCCCAUAUAUUCUUGACGAUUACUAUUUAAAUUUGCUGGAUUGGGGAAAUUGUGGUUUAAUUGCUGUUCCUUUAUCACAAACAGUUUAUUUAUGGAAUGCUGAAACAGGAGCUGUUGAUGAACUGUUUGGUGAUGUUCAUGCUGGUGAAGAAGAUCUAGUUGUAGCAUGUGUAAAGUGGAUACAGGAAGGCCUUUAUUUAGCUGUUGGGUUAUCUAAUGGUUCUGUAGAGUUAUGGGAUGCUGAAUCUUCAAAACGAGUUCGAAUAAUGCAAGGUCAUGCUAGUAGAGUUGGUUCACUAGACUGGAAUAAGCAUAUAGUUACAAGUGGAGCACGCAGUGGUGCAAUUUUUAAUCACGAUGUUCGAAUUGCAAAUCAUCACACUGCUUCUUUUUUAAACCAUUCACAGGAAGUUUGUGGUUUACAAUGGUCGCCUGAUGGAAAAUUUUUGGCAAGUGGAGGAAAUGAUAAUACACUAAAUAUAUGGGAUUUUUCUUCCAUAAGUGCAAGUACCGAAAGUGUAGUUGAGAAUACAACACCUUUGUACUCUUUGACUGACCACUUAGCUGCUGUCAAGGCAGUCUCGUGGUGUCCAUGGCAACGAAAUUUAUUAGCUUCUGGUGGUGGUACACUUGAUCGACACAUUAGAAUAUGGAACACUGGAACAGGAAAUUGUUUACAAAGUUUAGAUACCAUGGCACAAAUAUCUGGUAUUCUAUGGUCGGAGAUCCACAAGGAAAUCAUAUGCUCCAGUGGCAACCAGAUGACUAUUUAUAAGUAUCCUCAGAUGACAAGAGAAACAGAUCUAAAAGGUCAUACUGGUCGAAUUCUUAAUAUAACACUUUCACCAAAUGGACAUAUAGUUGCAUCUGCUGGUGCAGAUGAAACUUUACGAUUAUGGAAGUGUUUUGAACCAGAUGUCAAAGUUGCUAAGCCUACAAAAAGAAUUCCUGCUAGUAUUUUAUCAAGUGAUAUUAUGAGAUGAGUUUUCUACAUGAGUAAAAUAUUUGAUUUUUUUUAGGAAUCGCUUAACAAGAAUUUUUUAAACUAUUUUUAUUGAAAAAAUUUUUCUUUUUUUAAUAUUAAAAGCUCUUUAUAGAGGGAUGAGUGAAGAAACUGAGAAGGAGUGUAGCGGCAAGAAUAAAGGAACUAUAAAACUGUAAUUUUAUGUGGUUUUAAAAUUUAGAAAUAGUUAAAUACUUUUAAA